CUUUCCUCCAACAGAAAAGAGUUCCAGUAAAUGAAAGCCUGUGUAGGCGCGCUUGUUUUCAAACAAGAUAUAUUGGUUGAUGCAUGAUGUGAAGUUUAAAGAACAUUCAUAACAUGACGCCGAGUAUUUUAUUUCAUUCGUGUUUCUGCAAUUUUUGGUUAGCUUCAAUAAUAAAGCACCAAGGAAGUUCAGUUUGGCGCCGUUUUGUUAUCACUAGGCCUAAUAUGACGUUUGCUAGUGACGCAUUGUACCCAAACUUCCGGUAAUAUGAAAGGCAGAUGGGGGUGCCAGAAAUAAAUCUCACAGAAGAUAAAAGAUGUUUGAUGUCGAAAAUAGCCAGUGGUGUAAGCCUCUUCACCAUUCCAUUUAAUUUGUUUAUGCUAACAAUAGCAAUCUACAUCGAACUUGCUGUUCAAGACAAAAUUGGUCUUAUUGAAGGGAGUCGAAAUGCUUUACCUGGCUUCAUGAUUAUGUUGUCAAUAUUUGGACUGAUUACAAAUAUGUUAGGGACACGUGUGUGUUGGGUUGUACAUGACAUAAAAAGAAGAGAUGAUUGGAAGAAAUACCUAAUGCCAUUUGUUAUUACAUCUUUGAUUUUAUUUGUGUGUGUGUUUGUUACCUCAGUGCUCUGUUUUACAAGCGUAACAUCACUUCGCAAAUUGUUUAGCAAAGGAAUAAUAACUUCCAUGAAAAAGUAUUCUACAGACAUGCCAAAGAAGCAUAUAAUUGACUUGUUACAAAUUCAGUAUGAGUGCUGCGGCUCAGGAGGAUAUACAGAUUGGUUCAAUGUCAAACUUGUAUCGAAAAAAUAUAUAACAGAUGAUUAUAUGACAAAAGAAGAACAAAAUAUAUACAGAAAGCAUAAUGACAAUGUUCCCUUCAGCUGCUGUAAGCUUAGAACCCGCAGGCCCUGUAUAAACACCAGGGUACACGAGAAACAGUUCAAAUACAAGUAUAACAAGGACCUUACAUUGUUCACGAGAGGCUGUGGUGAUGCAUUGAUGACAUCGUAUAAACAAAUGCUUAAUGCAGCAGGCGGUAUCAUUAUUGUUUUGGCAUUUGCAGAGCUGACAAUAGGUUUACUAACCAGGCUACUACAGACAAGCUUUGAAAACUUAAACGAUGAUGAGGAUUCAACAGCUUAUCUCUUGCCAUUUGGUGGUCAUGCAAAACCUUCAGAGGGCAAUGAGUUGGAUAAUGAGUUUCAGAACUUGUUGGAAGAUGAUCUGCCUCCACCUCCAACAUUAGAAAGCCUACAGAACCUCCCUCCAGUAAGCAGCCUAGAUGACAUAUCAGUCACAGAGUCAUUUGAUGAUGUUGAUCCAGAAGAUGAAGAACAGUUUCCUGCUCCUCCAGAAGAGAAUGAAUUUCUGCCAUAUGAUGAGGAUGCUUUUCCUCCAGCAAGACAGUCCUUCAAAUAUGUCAAUCAAAUGUAGAUAUUGUUCAAUGAAAACUCUGCACAUCUCAAUGUCCUUCUAUCAUGUUUACAUGUAAAAUCAGUAGAAAGUACGGUUAAUUGAAUAGAUGUUCCCCAAAUACCUUUUCUUUUAAGGAAUUCCAAUUAAAAUUUCAGUCUGUUUUUUUAUUCAUGAAAACAACAAAAGUAUUAAAGCAUUAUCCAAUCA